AUUACAUAUGAAGAAAAGCAAAUUAAAACACCUAACGUGAUGAAUAUAAAAAAUUUCGAUGAUGGUACAAUAGUUAUUCGAAUAGCUCAUGAUGUAAAUUAUACAACUCCUCCCAGAACUUGUUUUGAGGAAUCCUUUUCAAUUCGUACGAUUUAUCCAGAUGGAACUAUUAAAGAAUUUGAUAUUUCAUUGGACAUUCAACCUUUUAAUUUUUGUAUUCUUUCAAAAAUUAAAUUUUACCCAAUAAAAAGAAAUCUUUUGUUCGUAACUUUUGUGGUAGCUGCAGAUGUAAAUAAUCCAUAUUCUUAUGAUGAUUGGGGAUUAAUUGUUGACUUAGAUGGAGUUAUCCACAAUAAAUCUAAACUGGGAUCAUCAUUUGUUAAUCCUAAUACUAACGAAUGGUCGCCCGAUCAAGAUUCUACUAUUACACUAAACGUUCAUCGUGAUGAUGGAUUUCUUCGUACUACACCUAUAACAAAUUCUACUGGUGAUGAAAAUAAUGCAAUACAACUUCUCGGAGAAACAAUCAUCGAAUAUCCUACGGGUCAUCCAAUUGGAACAGUUGCAACGACAAAUGGAGGAUAUGCGAUUAUUUAUCCUAAUAUUACGAUGUCAACUAUCCCCUUUUCUCCGCAAAUGAAAUUAUAUGGAAUAUUCUUAGAAUACGGAAAAAAUAUUAUACAAGAGCCAGUUAUUCUUUAUCAAACUCGAGCUCCAAUUUUAGAAGUUACUUUAAUUAAUUGUGAUUUUGCCUACAUAGGAGUCGGACAAACUUGUAUUUUAACUUUAAACACUGCACAAGGUCAAAACACAUUUGUUAAAGUUGAUUUUCUUUCAUCAGGGACUGCAUACGAUGUUAAAGCUUUUCAAAGUCCAGGCGGCGUUAACUAUAAUAUUAAAUCACUACGAUAUGGAGGUUAUUUCUUAUAUUAUACACAACCAAUUGUAAAUGAUGCAACUAGACUUAAUCUUUAUGGCUUUAUUUUGGAUACCAAUGGUAUACAAUAUAGUUGGGGUCUUCCAUAUCCCACCUUGACGAAUAGUGAAGCUGAUAUUACAAUUUUACCUAACAAUACUCUUAUAAUUCCUCAACCGGAAGUUGGUCAAAGUUGGUCUUUAAUCUCCAUUGAUUUAAGUAGAAUCGAGGGAGCACGAGAUAAUGGUUUUGAAAAUUUACAAAUCAAUGCUACAAUUCCAGAAGUUAACGCAAUUAUCGACCCAUCUGAAACCAAAAUAUUUACGAUUAAAUAUUAUGAUCAAGUUGAUUUAUCACCGAAUUAUAAUGUUACAAUUUUACAAGAUGAUGGUACUGGGAAUGGUAUUAUACGUCAAAUCACUUCUAUAAGCAAUAAUAAUGGAGAAUUUGUAAGAUAUAUCGAUGACUUUACCAUUGAAAUCACAGUGAUUGAUAGUACUUUUAAUCAGCCUAAUGCAAAGUAUUAUGUUUUAAUUGACAAUGGUUUUGUAAAAAAUAGAAAUUACCAAGAACCUAUCAUUGGUAUACAAAAUAGUGGUUGGAGUUUUAUAACAAAAAACGAAAGUGUUUCAAGUAAAUCCAAUUUGAAAGAGAAAAUUAAAGAUAUGAUUGACUCCAGUAUUAACGGAAAAGUUCGAUUGACUUCAGACGGAACCACUUAUUUUAAAAGUUUUAAACAUGAUAAACUUAAACGUAAAGAAUUUUUUGAUAAUUUAACAUCAGAAUUAGCCAAAGCGGUCCCUGUUGGUUCAGAACGAAUAACAACAAAUGAAAGAUAUGAAAUUGAUACUUCAGUUUCACCUGAACAAUACAUUUUGGCUAUUAAUAUAAAAAAAGCUAAGAAUAAAGAUGAAAAGUCAGAUAAUUCAAUCGCUGAAGAUUUAGAUACUUUAAUAAAGAAUAAACUUAUAACUGUUAUUGGUUCUGGAGAAUAUUCAAAUUAUUUGGAUCAUGAAUAUGGAUAUAAAAUCUUACCCAGUUGGAUAGAUAAAUAUUUGAUGAGCCUUAUUGGUUUAGUUAUAUAUACAAUAUUAUUGAUCAUAAUUGCUUUUAUGUUUAAUUCAUUUGCAAUUAUUGAAUGUGGUAUCUCUAUUGCAAAAUUUACGAUGACUAUUCUUUUUAUUAGAAGAGAUGCAGGAGCCGUUGAAAAUAUAUUUACUACAAGUCUUUUCUUCGUGACAUUUCCAUUUAUCGUAAAUUUAUGUUUUGCAUUUGUUAUUGUAUUAAAUGAGCUCACGAGAUUUGAUUCAAAUGACUUUGCAAAAUUAUUAAAAAAAGUUAAAGAAUUAUUAGACAUAUUAGACAGUUACGAUGAUCUAUUAGAAAAAGGUAAUAAUCACAGCGAUCACAAAGAAAAGUUACAAAUAGUUAAUAACGAAAUUACAAUGGUAUUAAAAAAAGCUAAAGUUGAGCUAAAAAAAGUUAAAGAUGAUUUAAAUGAAUUUAAAGGAAUUACGAAAAAAUUAAAAGAUGCUAAUGAUCUUAUAAGUAAAUUAGAGAGUCAAGAAGAAAUUAAAUUGAAGGAAGUAAAAUCUAUUAUAAAAAACUUGCAACAAGUUAAGAAACUCUUAGAAAAAAUAGAUCAAGUUGAAAAUUUCACAAAAGAAUUAAAAGAAGUCAUCAAAUUUACAGAAGAUUUAAUCAAACUUAUAGAACUAGAACGUAUUAAACUAAAAGAAAAAUUAAAAGAAAUUAAUAUCGAAGAAUUUAACGCUCUUAUGAAAGAAUUCAAAAGAUUUAGCGAACUUAUAGAAAUAUUAAAAAAAGUUAAAGAACUUGAUUUUAUAAAAACUAACAAAUAUAUAAAAGAAUUAGGAAUAAAAAAUGAGGAAAAAAUAUCUAACAAACGCAAACUUAAAGAAGAAUUGAAAGAUAUUAUCAGUUGUAUGGAAUCAAUUCAAGUUAAAUUAUCGCAAAAUAAUGAAGAUUACGUAGAAAAUCGAGAAGAACAGAAGAAAAACCAUCGGUAUUGUAGUAAUGUUUGGGAAGAAAGUAAAGAACAGAUUUAUAAGAUUAAAGAUAUAAUAGAAAAUGGGUUGAAAAAAAUUAAGGGGGAUCAGCCGAUAAAGCAAUAUCGAAAAUUUUCAAAAUGGUUAAAAGAUAAUAAAGAUAAUCAAAUAAUUGUAGUAAUAUUCACGAUACUAGCAGGAGUUAAUAUUUUACAUUUAGAAUUACUUGGAUCGAUGUUACAAAUUCAAACUUGUAGGCUUAAUUGGCUUAAAUCAAAGGUGCCAUCACGAAUUCGAGAUCUUAAUUUUAAUGCUAAUUUAUCUUAUGCAGCAAAACGUAAAAUAUUUUUUGGAAAUAUCACUAAUAUUUUCAUAAAUGAUCUUGCCGAAAUAUUUAUUCAGAGCUUUUAUUUGAGCCGAGUUGUAUCAGCUGGUUACACGCCUAUAUACAUUAUAUUAUAUUCCUUUUUACAUCUCAUAAAUAAUCUACGUUGUAUAUAUAAAUAUAUGUCGGAACAGGGAAAUAGUUGGGCUGGAUCAUUUAGAAUCAUCAUUGGUAGAAUAUUUCCUUGUACGAAAUCAGUAGAUAAUAAUUAA